AUGGGAGUUUUACAUGCUGGUCAAAUCACUGAAUUGUUAAUUGAUUUUCAACCAAACAGCUAUUCAACAUGUGAAUUAAAAUUCGAAUUACAUAUUGCUCAAGUUAAUUUUCAACCAAAAUGUUGUACAGUUAUUGGAAAUGCAUUACCUGGAUUAGAAAGGUAUGUUCUAAGAAUUGGGACCCCAAAAUAUGAAAUUACAUGUCCACAUCAUUUAGUGAAAUUUCUUUUGGGCAGUCAAGAAAAACUCAUUUCUAGUCAACGAAAUAACACAACAACAGAAGGAUUAACUAGACAACAGAAAUUACUAACUUUUGAAUCAAUGGUACAUCAGAAUCUUAUUGAUGAACAACGUAAUCAAGUGAGAUGGCAGUCGAAAUUAGGUGCUAAUCCAUUAUCACCAGAAGAACGUGUAAAAAUACUUGAUUCACGUGAAUUAGCAUGGAAACAAUAUUAUACAAAAUGUACACAUCCAGAAGUUUUGGAAACUUGCAAAUAUCAGCUAUCAAUACCAGCUUCACCAGCUAACUUCAAAUUGAGUAAAGAUCAUCAUAUAUUAUCUGAAUUUCGUCCAUAUCGUCCAGUGGAACCAUUCAAGAAAUCUUUCAUUACAGGAUCAGAAGUUCCUCUUGAACCAAAAUUUCAAUUAGUUGAAUUUACUAAGGCAAAAUGGUUACAUAAAUGUGAUAUGAUUGAAAAAUUUCGUUCAAUGGUAUCAAGUAUUAUUAUUAAUCGAAGAAUGAUUAAACGAUUAAAAAAAUUAAAACAAACAAUAAUUGAUGAUAAGGAAACAGUAUCAAAACAUGUAACAAACGAAAAAUAUCCAUACAAUAUUGGAAAUUCAAUUCAAUCCCUUGGGAAAUCGGAUUGUGGAACUAAAUUAUUUCAUCAUCAAGUUUGGUCAGAACGUGAUUUACUCUGUAAUCAGCAAUUGACAAAAACAAAUCAUACACCACCAGUAUCAAACAGUAGUCUAAUUCAAUCUACACAUCUACUACCGAUAACAUGUACAUAUAAUUAUAGUCAGCUAUUGAAAACAUUUACAACACCGAAACAUUAUUGGCCUUUAUUUGAUAUGCCUGUUACACUAGAUCAAUAUGAAAUGAAAUACACAGAUAAAUUUGAUUUAAAUCUUGCUACGGAUUAUGCUAAAUUAAUACCGAUGGAUAUAAAUUAUGCAGAAUUAUUACCUAUACAACAACAAAAACCACAUAAUCGAUUGUCAUCAACCUCACAGGUCAUUGGGUCUCCAAUAACUUGUAAUAAUGAAUCAAUAAGUGGCUUAAAACUUGAAUCAACAAUAACCAGUGAUACUUCUAAUCAGCCAGCGAUACGUUUACCACAAUCUAUCCAUUCGUUACCAAGAUCGAACAUGAACACUGAUAGGUGCUCAAAUAAUCAAUAUCUACCCUUAACAUUAUUGAAUCAAUCAACAUUGAAUGAUUAUUCCCAUACACUAAUCAAUCCAGUCAAUCAGUUGUAUAAGCCUAAUGAUAAUAUUGUUUCUUCUAGUCUGUCUAAUUCAGACUACAUUGAUACAUUAUUAAUUAAUUUGGAUAAAACACAUGAUCAUAGUAUUCUCAGUCAAUGGAGUUCAUCAUCUAAUAUGCACAAGCCGUUAGUACCGUUAAAAAAUUUAACAGCUCUGAAUUCUUGUCAAUUAGAAUUUCAUUUAGUAUCAUAUCCAAAAUGUCAUCAAACUUCAAAGGAUGAUAAUAUUUUACAAGUAAAUGAACUACCAAAUGAAGAUGAAUCAAAUUUCCUCAAAAACUGA